CUCACGGGUAUCAACAUUGUUCCUUUUUUUUUUGGGGAAAAAUCAACAUUGUUCCUCUGUUUCGAAACGUGGCGAAUGUUUUUUUUUUCAUUGAAAAUUAAAACAUCGAAACGCAGCGUAUUAUCCGUCUCUCUGUCCUCCCUCUUUCUCUCCCACAAAGCUGUGACCAGAAGAUCAGUGAUUGUUCGAUGAACGAAGAGGAGCCAGACAAAGAACACGUGGCGGAUUCUACUAUGUCGGCGGCGGCGAUUGAUGGUGUGGCGGCUCUGAGAUCGGUGUUUCAGCGGGUAAACCAGGCGGCGGAGAAAGCGGGUCGUGGGUCGGAUCAGAUACGGGUCGUAGCGGUGAGUAAGACGAAACCAGUUUCUCUGAUUCGCCAAGUAUACGACGCUGGUCAGAGGUCUUUUGGAGAGAAUUAUGUGCAAGAGAUCAUUGAGAAGGCACCUCAGCUUCCAGAAGAUAUAGAGUGGCAUUUCAUUGGGAAUUUGCAGAGCAACAAAGUGAAGCCUUUGCUAUCUGGUGUUCCUAACCUUGUGACCGUGGAAAGUGUUGAUGAUGAAAAGAUUGCAAAUAUGCUUGAUCGUGUGGUUGGUAAUAUCGGAAGAAAGCCCUUGAAGGUAUUUGUCCAAGUGAAUACCAGUGGUGAAGACUCUAAAUUCGGCGUGGAACCCUCGGGAUGCGUAGGACUGGCGAAACACGUGAAGGAAGCUUGCUCGAAUCUUGAGUUUUCUGGUUUGAUGACAAUAGGGAUGGCUGAUUACACUUCAACCCCAGAGAAUUUCAAGUUGCUUGCGAAAUGCAGAAGUGAAGUGUGUAAGGAGCUUGGAAUACCGGAGGAGCAAUGUGAGCUAUCUAUGGGGAUGUCUGGUGACUUUGAACUAGCAAUUGAACUGGGAAGCACAAAUGUGAGAAUAGGAUCUACUAUUUUCGGGGCGAGAGAGUAUCCUAAGAAGUAAUGAUGUAAACUACUGAGUGAUGAGAUUGAUUCUAAGUUUGAACAUCAAAACCAGUUUCAGGGAAGAAUAAGAGCUUAGGUUUUAAUGUUGAAAUCAUGUAGAUCUUCUCUCUUCUUUUGUUUUGCAUUGUAUUUGGUGAUGUUGCUUGUAAGUUGUAACCAAGGUACAUUAUUACUAUUUUUCUAAUUUCAUGGAUAUAAACACAUGAAAGAAGAAUAAAGAAUCUUGUCUUUGCUACGUUACUAGUGAGAAGUAGUUAAAAGGGUGUCACAACCACUUGUUACUAUUCUUUUGGUUUGAGAGCUCUGCUAACUAAGAUUUUAAUACUUCUUUUGUGUUAUGAAACACUGAAAGCAAA